AUGGAUGAACUUCGCACCCAAGUCCGUAGGACUCUCAUGCAGAAGCCUGGGCAGUUCCCACAUGACUUCGCCCCUGGCCGUAUUGCUGUAUCCAAGUGUGAUUUGCCUCAAGUCUGGCAGAAUGUUGAGUCCUAUGACCAUUCGAGCCAUCUGAACAGAUGCGAGAGUAUCGCUUCCAUGCUCAGUUAUGUCGAGCACUUUGAGCCAUGGUUGCCGGAGAAUGGAAGCCCACGACCCUUCACACAGAACGAAAAUGAGGCGUUGAACAAAAUUUUGAAGUGGGCGAGCGCGGUCGUUCUGCCGAGCGCGGCAUACUCGGUCGAGUUUAUAAAGACCGAGUCUGACGAGCCUACCGCCGAUGUCAAAAGGGCUCAGAACGAGAGCAAGUAUGAAUCAGAGCUGGCUAUAGAGCUUCUGCUGAGCCUGAGCAAGCUUCUUCCCAGCCUUUCAGGCCGCAUGCCCGACAAUGUUGCCGUCGCAGAUGUCACUCUCGCUCUAGCAUGCUCUACUAGCCAAAAAGUGCCAUGGUCAACAUCUCACAGUGCCAUGAACGCAUCACUGUUGACGAACCACUGGCUUCAGGUUACUGAACAGGCCAACAAGUUCUGGCCUGGUAUCGAGUUCAUCCUGAAGGAACGUAUCAGGCCCUUGUUCGCAAAGACUCCGAAUCCCGCCAUCACCGCCGCCGGCCGCAAGAACUUCCAUCCCCAGUCCGUCCCACGAUUUGACGGCAUGGAUGAGUCGGCCAAACCUUGGAAGACAACCGAUGUCUACGUUGCGACUGCCCUGGAGUGGAUGAUAGAGCGGUACACCCCCGGGGACAAGAAAUAUCUCGAAGAACAUUUCCCGCUCUACGUGCCAGCCAUCCUCGCCAUGAUCGACGACAGCAACAUCUGCUUCAAAACCAUUGGAUGCGACUUGCUCAAAAACCUACUAGUCCGAAUCAAAGACAGCAGAUCAGAUAUCCUCCAACGAACAAACCUAACCUCCGUCUUCCAAGAUGCCAUAACUCCAUGUCUUCUUUCCCUGCCAACCAUCACACCAGAGGAAAGCUCCAUAUACUGCCUAGGAGAAGCAUACCCAGCCCUCCUAGUCCUCUUCGAAACCGCUUACAAAAGCCCCUUCUCAAAGAACAAAGCCAAGGACCAAGAAACCUACAUAAACAGCUUGGCCAAAAUCCUCCGCUCAAACAUCAUCUCCUCACUGCACCACAUCAGUUCAAGCACCCCAGCCGCAGCCUCAACCCAGACCUCCUUCCCAUACCCGCGCCUCUCGGCACAACUCCUAACAAUGGCAGGCAGCUUUGUCGAAGAACUCGGUAUCAACACCGUGAAAUACCUCCAGGACCUAAUCCCUGUUUUCUACACUACACUCUCCAACCCCUUCGGAAUGGAACACUCCCACUUCGGCCUCACGCUCAGUGCCGCAAUGGUUCUCCAAAGCGUGAUUAAGAAUGGACACCCGCGUAUCUGGCGUUGGCGCGGUGAACUGUUGAGUGGGUUGUGUUCGGCGUGGAUUCAUGCUGCUGAGGAUCCUUCGACUUCUGGGGAAAUGAAGGAAAUGCUGGAGAACGAGUUGAAGAUUGCUGUUAAGCUUUUGUUGCAUGUCUUGCAGAAUCCUGUUACUAUACCUGGUGAUGAGUCUCAGAAGGAGCAGGUGCAGGCUAAGGAGAGUAUAGUUGGGGAUGUGAAGAAGCUUGUUGAGGCUGAUCCGGUGCUUACGGGGCUUUUCUUCUAA